AUGGGAGUAACCGUUAGAUUAGAGUCAGCGCUAGAUUUGGUCAAGAAAAUGGAGUGCGCGAAGGAGAGACACUGGAGAGAACCACGCGACGAAAGAAUCCUGAAGAAAUUCCCAAACCUUCAAAGGUAUUUGAGUAACAAUUACAUUACAACUCUACCUGACGGAGUGUUUGCCAAGCUGACGAGACUGCAAUACUUGUAUUUGAUGAACAAUUAUAUUACAACUUUACCUGACGGAGUGUUCGCCAAGCUGACGAGACUGCAAUACUUAUGGUUUGGUUACAACGGUAUAUCAUCUUUACCAGACGGAGUGUUUUCAACUCUUAAAAGUCUGAGAGAUCUGGGUUUGAGUAACAAUGAUAUUACAAUUCUACCUGACGGAGUGUUUGCUAACUUGACGAGACUGCAAAGCCUAUGGGUUGCUUACAACGCUAUAUCAUCUUUACCAGACGAAGUGUUUUCAACUCUUAAAAGUCUGACAACACUGUAUUUGAGAAACAAUGAUAUUACAAUUCUCCCUGACGGAGUGUUUGCCAACUUGGCGAGACUGCUACACCUGAUGAAUGAAAAGCUACUGGAAGUUUUAGCCACUCAGAGUAAAUCGUCUUUCUAA